AUGGAUCCUCGUCACCGUGGACUAUAUGUCCGAUGGUGUCAGAGUCCCCGGGUCGAGUUGUUAGUCGGUCAAGAUGUCGGCCAGAGUGAGAGAUUUGUCAUCCCUCAAGAGUUUCUGCAACGUCGAUCGCGAACCCUCAGGGAACAAAUCGCCAAGCUUGAAGAGUAUAUUUCAUCAAAGGAAAUUGCGCUCCCCGAGACUACCCCCCAGACGAUGGAAGAGUUCUUCAUCUGGAACUUCACUCCGAAUCCACAGGUUGAUGAACGGUUGAGUUUCAGAGACGUUGUCCAACUCGGAAUCUUCGCCUGGAACUACCAGGUCUCCGCUUUGAGCAACCAAGUGACUGACAUGAUCCGCCACAAUCUCGCGAACAAUGAGUGGAAACUGGAAGCGGCUAUAGUGGACGCCAUCUACCAAGCAGCGCCCGCCAAGAGUCCACUCCGAGAGGUGAUCAGGGCGGCGUUGGGCCAGCUGCCGCGCUCGUGUAUCGACGGUGAAGAAUGGGAGAGGACCUGGAAACGCAAUCCAGACCUUGGGUGGGACCACCACAAAUCUGGUGACAAGGAAUGGACGCCCAAGGACUAUCUGACUGGUUCUUGUCGUUUCCAUAACCAUGACGAAAUCAAGCGUCGGCUGAGUCUAUGUGAUGGCUGCCCCUAUGCUCAGGAGGAUUGCUACCCUGUCUGGGAAGACGACCCAGAGGAGCAAGAAUCAGAAGUCGAAGAAGUGACUGAGGGCUGGCCAGCAGCGGAAGACCACGUCAUGGGGGAGAUGAUUCCCAACGACAUUCAGCUGCUAGAUGUGCCAAAGCCGAUGGAGCAAGCAGUUGAAGAAGGGAGUGGACCCGCCGCCUCCGUCUUUGAAGAUGCGCCUGAAGGUGUGCCCGAAGAGACCGGGGUCGUCGAGACCGCUGUCGAGACGAACGGAGUCACCGACCAUGGGGUCCCCGCGGAGGUGAUUGAGGAUGGUGAUGGCAUAGCAACACCACACCCAGAAACCAAUGGAGUCAAGAAUAUCCGUCUCGAUGAAGUUCUGUUCGAGUCAGAUGCAUGCAGCGCCUCUCACGGAUCAGUCCAAGGCGACGAGGGCCCGUUGGCGGUGAACGGGGCCGUGACUAAUGGCCUGGAGGAGAGCGUCAACGGAGCCAUGCAUGUUGAGGCGGUGAACGGCCAUGACAUCUCCACAACGGGAGACAAAAAGAAGAAGGGCAAGAAGAGCAAGAAGAAGAGGAUGGGGAGCAUCAGCAACGGCAACGUCAAUGUCAGCGUCAACGGGAAUGAACCACAGCUCACCCCCAACUGA